UCUGUGAAAUUGUGUGGAAAUGACUUCGCGCCCCUGCGCAUUCCAGUGUUGGUUCAGUCCGCGGUCGAGUCCACCGCACAGAGCGUGUGGGGGUGUUAAGAGUUCCAGCUCCGUUCCCAGGCCGACGCUGUUCCAGUCGGAGCCGCUUACACAUUAACUCCAGCCCGCUUCCCGCUCCGCUCCGUCCCGCUGACACACCCCGGACAAGCGGCUCCGUCGACCGAGACUCGGUUUAGUCGUAACGGGGCCGGUUAAGGCGGUUUCUCCGGGGCUUCGCUGGCUGGCGGUGCGCGAUGCCGACGCUGCGGGACAGCAGUGCGACCCACCCGGUGGAGAACCAGCACCAGGUCCGGGUGAAGGCCUACUACCGCGGGGACAUCAUGAUCACCCACUUUGAGCCGUCCAUCUCCUACGAGGGUCUGUCCAGCGAGGUGAGGGACAUGUGUUCUCUGGAUAACGACCAGCUCUUCACCAUGAAGUGGAUCGAUGAGGAAGGCGACCCCUGUACUGUGUCGUCUCAGUUGGAGCUGGAAGAAGCUCUGCGGCUUUAUGAGCUCAACAAAGACUCCGAACUCAUCAUCCACGUGUUUCCCUGCGUUCCGGAGAAGCCGGGAAUGCCGUGUCCAGGAGAAGACAAAUCCAUAUACCGGCGUGGAGCGCGGCGCUGGAGGAAGCUCUACUACGCCAACGGACACGCCUUCCAGGCCAAGCGCUUCAACAGGCGGGCCCACUGUGCUAUCUGUACUGACCGGAUCUGGGGUCUGGGCCGGCAGGGCUAUAAAUGCAUCAACUGCAAGCUGCUGGUGCACAAGAAGUGCCACAAACUGGUGACGGUGGAGUGCGGCCGACAGAUGAUACAGGAGCCGAUGCCGGGCCGAGGGGACCAUGUGCCGCACCCAUCGGACCACACGGAGAUAGUUCACAAGAACUCCUCAGAGAGCAUCAAUCACGAAGGAGAGGAGCAUGAGGCGGGGGGCAGCAGAGAUCCUGGUAAAGCCCCCUCCAGUCUUGGUCUGGCUGAUUUUGACCUGCUGAGAGUGAUCGGACGUGGUAGCUACGCUAAAGUGCUGCUGGUGCGGCUGAAGAAAACGGAGAGAAUCUACGCCAUGAAGGUGGUGAAGAAGGAGCUGGUGAACGAUGACGAGGAUAUUGACUGGGUCCAAACAGAGAAGCAUGUAUUUGAACAGGCCUCCAAUCACCCGUUCCUGGUGGGCCUUCACUCCUGCUUCCAGACUGAGAGCAGGCUCUUCUUCGUGAUUGAGUACGUGAACGGAGGAGACCUGAUGUUCCACAUGCAGCGGCAGAGGAAGCUUCCAGAAGAACAUGCGAGGUUUUACUCGGCUGAGAUCAGUUUGGCUCUGAACUACCUCCACGAGCGAGGCAUCAUCUACAGAGACCUGAAACUGGACAACGUCCUGCUGGACUCUGAGGGACACAUCAAACUCACAGACUACGGCAUGUGCAAGGAGGGGCUGAGGCCGGGAGACACCACCAGCACCUUCUGCGGCACUCCCAACUACAUUGCCCCUGAAAUCCUCAGAGGGGAAGACUACGGAUUCAGUGUGGACUGGUGGGCGUUAGGAGUGCUGAUGUUUGAGAUGAUGGCCGGUCGGUCUCCGUUUGACAUCGUGGGCAGUUCAGAUAACCCUGACCAGAACACUGAGGAUUACCUCUUCCAGGUAAUAUUGGAGAAGCAGAUCAGGAUCCCGAGGUCACUGUCGGUGAAGGCGGCCAGCGUUCUGAAAGGAUUCCUCAACAAGGAGCCGAAGGAGCGUCUGGGCUGUCACCCUCAGACGGGUUUUGCUGACAUCAUGGCCCAUCCUUUCUUCAGAAAUGUGGACUGGGACCUGAUGGAGCAGAAGCAGGUCGUCCCGCCCUUCAAACCAAACAUCUCCGGAGAGUUCGGCCUGGACAACUUCGACACCCAGUUCACCAACGAGCCCAUCCAGCUCACACCGGACGAUGAUGAUGUGGUGAAGAAGAUCGAUCAGUCGGAGUUCGAAGGGUUCGAGUACAUCAACCCGCUGCUCAUGUCUGCGGAGGAGUGUGUGUGAGAACAGCACACACAGGCUGUCGGGGGUCUUCGGACCUCCUCGUCUCUUGCCAAACGUCUCUCACUGUCUGCCAUACGAAACCGCUCGUCCUUAACGCCUCUUCUACCUUUUCUCCUUUUUUAUUCUCCUUCUGUUUUCGUAACAUGCAGAGCUGCACUAAUUGGAGGAUAUAUCGACCGUUGCCUUCUCUGAUUGGUCAGUGUGGGUCAGAGGGCGGGGUUUGGCUUACUGGACACUAAAGCAGAGCGAUUAGCAUGGGCUUCCCUCUCGUGGCUACUUCCUGAGAAGACUUUUAUUUGUACAUAUCUAAGGAAAUCAGUACGUGUCUAUAGUGAAGCCCUUUUUUUAACAACUACCCGAAUUCUAAGGAUGUUAAUGUUUUUCAUAGACCGUCUCCGCGUCGUCCUCUAGAGCUCGUUAGCCUUUAUUUUAAGACUUUCUUUUCUUUUUUAAUUUAAUUACGUUGUAGAGUUUAGAUGGAAUAUCUGCCGAUUUAUCCGGGUUUUGCGCCGAGAGAAAAAAGAAACGAGACCAAUAUGUGGAGCAGAGGAACACAGACUAACACUAACGCUAGGAGCCUUCUCUGACUGUGACCGGCUGCGUUGAUGAGCUCAGAGGACGUUUAGCUCAGAAAGUUGACCAAAAAGAGCCGUAAAAGAAACCUAAACGUGUGGCUACGCUACAGGCCUCUCGGCAGAGACGGCAGAGCCCAUCAGAUCGAGCUGCCUCGCCGUUUGAGGGCCGUGCAGAUGCUGGGGUGUUUUAUUUUCUCCCCUUUCCUGACUUUAGAUAUUUCCCCUGUUGAAAUAUGCAUUGCCUUUCUGCCUCUUUGUUUAGUCUCGUUUUGUUUUUUAAUGUUUUUGUAAGGUUACGGAACAAAUUAAGAGCGGUGAACAUGUAUGCGUUGUUUUUUUUCUGUCCUGUUUGAGAAUUCUUUUGUUUUGGUUUUUUUUUGGUUCCUUUUUCCCUCUAAAUCUCAUUAAACAGCGAGAAUUUUAUAUGUAACCUGCAGACGUCUUAGUCCAUCUGAGAAAAUCAGAUGUAACGAUGUUUAUCUGGGCAGUAAACAUUUAUUUACCUUUAUUUGUUCAAAGAAACCCUGAAUUAAUAAGCCACAUUUGCUGUUUGCAAAGCUGUAGACCGGUAUUAAUUAUAGUUAUUCCCCAAUACUCAGAUUGUCUAAUCAAUACUUCAUUAAAUGAACCCAGAAUUGAAAAAUCACACCCAGCCUGUGUCGUUCCAGCUGCACUCUUCACCUUCUGAAUUCUGACUACUGUAUUUAUGCUUAUUUGUAUUUAUUGUAAUCAGUGUUGUCAUCGUUAAUAUUGCGUUAAUGUGAUGAAUUGUAAUGCAGAUUUUCUAAACAUCGUAAACACAUUUUCUCAAGUUUGGCUGAUUUAAUACAUCGGUACUUUCAGGCUGAAGCCUGGCUGCGGUGCACUGAUGCUCCAACUCCCCGUCCAGUCUUUUCAUUCAAGUACAGCUUUUAAAGUAAAGUUCUACUGGCGACCCUCUUCAUAGAACCAACAUUAUCCUCAGCUGCUGUGAGUUUGUUCCUCACCAAAGUACAUCGAGUCUGGAGCAUCAUUAACGAGCCAAACUCAGCAGUGAUGCUGCAGUGUUGGGAACAUAACUGAAUAAAUCAAUAAGCGGCAAACUAACAAAAGCAGCAGCAGCAGCGGCUUAGUGGAGCUUCAGUUCCGCUCAAGAUCCUCCACUGUAACAAGAACCCACGAGUUGAAUGAACGAGAGCGAGAUACAAUCAUGGAGUUGAACCACUGACUGUGUGUAUGUAUAUAUAUUUAUGCUCAGUGACCAUCAUUGGCUGUGUGUGUGUAUAUAUAUACAUACAUAUUCAUUGAUUGUAAAUAUGGUAUAUGCACUCGCUGGUUAGGCUGCAGUGGAACGAAGAUAAAUAGCGGCGUAUCCGGUUGUUUUGUCUGCUCGUACGGCUGUAGCUGCUUUCUAAAUGAAGCAGAUCUCUGUUUAGACUCUAAUCAGAGCAGAUAAGAUCAGCCACAGCUGCACAGACCGACUCGAGGAAUCGCUCACAGCCCCGACUGAUGCUGCAGAGUCUUACAGUCGCGCUCACUGCCCAGAUAAACACUCCACGCUUUUCUCGGCUGCCUGAGAUUCUGCACUAAUGCAUGUGGGGAAAUCCUGUGGUGGACUGCGGUUCUGGGUCAGCGUGAAAUGGACCUCCGACACCUCAAACACGACACGUACGUACAGGUAAACACUCCUGUCCUCACCCAGCCCGGCAGAUGUGGAGUCUGCUGUGUUCUGACAGAUGUUGAGGGGCCCGUUAACACCCCGGCGCAACAGCCCAUCCCACAGUUUACAGAUCAUUACGCAUUCCUCAGCAGCGCCUUCACGCUCCCACACCCCGAGAGCUGGAGUUGGCCUCCUCUCUCUGCUCCCCUCCUCUGGAAUCACACGGUUUAAUGGACACUCUGAGUACAGUGACCGCGGCGUCGAGGCCGUGUUCGCCGAUCACUACGAGACGAACGCUCUUCUGUUACGUGAUGACGCGUCUGUUAAUGACAUGCUGUUUAAAAUAAAAGCUUGAUAAUAAGGA